AUGGCAUGCUCCCAGUUCAACAAGGGCGUCUGCACGUUCUUGGAGGGUCCACUUAAGCGUCGCAACCGUAAGGCCCCAGACCCUCGAGCUAAACGUGGACGUAAGAAGCUAGAGCAAGAAUCUGGCCUGCCAUCGGGCCUGGACUCGGGGGUCGACCUGACUUAUGUCCUGUCCACUCUUCACGAGAGCUCGGCUACUCCCCUUUCUGGUAUGCUGGACUCCUUUCUUCAUAUCAACAACCAGACGCUGUACGGUGGUGCCAUGGCACGCGGGUGGUCUAACACAGAGAUGUCGCCACUAGCGGGCACUGGUUUUGUUAUUGGUACCAAUGUAGGUGCUAUGUCAGCUCCAAGUGCUGGUGGUAUACCAACUGGCUCCAGCCCCAUGUUAGGAGGCGUAGGCUGGUACGGGCCCAUGGCGCUGGGAGCCAUGCUGGCACCUUUAUUAGCAACGGGGGCUGCUGGCCUCCUGGGACUUCUGGGACUUGGAAGCGUCAGCCUGGGAAAUUUGGGUCAAACCGAAGCAAAUUCAACUUUUCGGGAUGGCAGACCUCCUGAGUCGACAUUAGCACCAUGUCACCAUGUCCAUGGACGCGCCAGCGCUCCCGACAUUUACCUGCGGCAGCUGACGCUGAGCAAUGCAUCGCUUUGGCUGGACAUACUGCCUGGGUACGAGACGCUUCUGAGCAUGCUGUAUGACUUGGAAGACGCGAAACGCUUCUCAUCUUUGCUGUACCCACCCGCACAGAGCUAUUUUCAGCCGCUGCUUCUACAUCAUGCCCCACAACUCCAGCUACAGACCCAAGCGCAGAUCCUUGAUAACAGCGUCACUGCUCCGACAGGUUGGAGCUAUGGCGAUUAUGUAGGUGUCUUGUCUGGUACCGGCACCGACUCCCUGGCACUACAAAGUACGUUUGCUAACUCGGCCUACUCACAGGUUACUCACAGCUUUGCCUCGAGCACGGGCGAGGCCGUGGGCGAGCUGCUGACUUAG